AUGGCCGGCGUCAAAACAGAACACGCCGACGGCGAGCCCUUGAACCCUCCUAAACGCCAACGCAUCCAAGACACCACUCCUCCCAUUCCUAUUCCUACGGCCUCCUCCUCGGCCAUGACCCAAGCAAACGGGGCAUCCUACACCCCUCUACGCGGCAAAGUAUACGCCAUCACCGGCGGCGCAAGCGGCAUCGGGCUCGCCACAGCGCAGCUGCUCUCCCGCAAAGGCGCAACCGUGUGCAUUGCAGACAUUGACCCAGAGGCCAUCCAAGACGCCGAAAAGUUCUUCUCUGGUCUGGGGGCACCGCAUAUGACGACCAAAGUAGACGUCUCCAAGCGAACCCAGGUGGACAGCUGGGUCACGUCCAUUGUCGACAAAUACGGCCGCCUAGACGGCGCCGCCAACGUCGCCGGCGUCAUCGGCAAGGGCCACGGCAUUGCCUCCGUUGCAGAGUUGGACGACGACGAGUGGGACAAGAUUAUCGGCGUCAACUUGACGGGCACAAUGUAUUGCCUGCGAGCCGAGCUGCGCAACGUCGUCGACGGCGGGUCAAUCGUCAACGUCUCGUCCAUCCACGGCCUAAAAGGCUGUAAACACGGCAUCGUCGGCCUCACCAAGGCCGCGGCCCUGGAAAACGGCGACCGCGAAAUUCGCGUCAACGCGGUCGCCCCCGGCGCCGUGUACACGCCCCUCAUGCAGAAGAAUUGGGAUUUUGUGGGCAGGGCCAAGGACGCACCGUUUGAUGACCCCUCUGCUUUCAGGAGACAGGGCACGGCGGAGGAGACGGCGAAUGUCAUUGUCUUCUUGUUGGGUCCUGAAAGCACGUUUGUGAGUGGGAGUGUGUACCAGGUUGACGGGGCGUGGAUAUGA